AUGGGCUCGUCGGACCCGCCACGCGUAUACCCUAUGUUUGCAGGACCCGCUGCGUCGUCUGCAUCGGCAGAGCGUGGUGCAGCGGGUUCGUCGCUGCCCAAACGGCCACGAGCGGAACGCGCCAGCAAAGCACGCGCUAUGGCGGCGAAUACGCUUCUGGCUGCAUGGGGCCAAGCGCCGUUGGAAGACGAAGCUAAGGUGUCAGAAAGCCCACGCAACGGGCCUACCCCCUACUCUGCGCCGAUCCAACGGAAAGUGCGUGGGACGACGACAGGCGCCUCUCAAGUCCAUCCAUUUUUCGCACAGCGCAUUUCCUCGUCAUCCACACCCAAAACACGCGUAGAAGAGGCCAAGGCCAAACUCGGUACGCUUCCUGCGCCAUGGCCAUCUCGUGAUAUGAUGCAUGUCGUACCAUCCACAGACGUCCCGUCGGCCACUCUCACAUGGCCUCGACGAUCUCGCAAGCAAACCGCUGCGAUGCCAUCCACAUCCGCCCCCCCUUGGGCCCGCCGUAGUGCAUGGCCCACGCAUGAUACCCCGCCCAUUCUCUGUGAGGCUUCCCUUCGGCCUUGCACGACAGAAAACAAUACACCGAACGCGCUUGCACGUACGCCCUUGGCGUUUGUCGCCUCGGAUCUGGCGAUGCACACACGCCCGACGCCGCCCCCGGUGAUUACACAUCUGUACGAGCGGCUUCUCUCACAGCCCGUUCGUGCCUUAUCGCAUGAACAGCCCCUGGCAGAACAUGAUGCGCUAUGGACGGAUCGUUGGCGGCCUACGUGUGCCGCGCAUGUGCUGGGCAACGAAGAGCCGGCGAUCUAUAUGCGCGACUGGCUGCACAAGCUCCGUGUGACGUAUAGUGGUGUCAAAGCACGUACGAUCCAAACGCGUGUCGCAUCGCGCAAACGUGGGCGUGCACGCGCAGACUCCGACAGCGAGUUUGACGCGGAUGAAGCGGAAUGGUUCGAGCAGUUUCGUGCGCCUUCCUCCUCCACGGAGGCGGCUCCUACCAACGAUGAUGUGCUGACUAACUGCCUGGUAUUGACGGGCCCUACAGGGGCGGGCAAGUCGGCAGCAGUGUAUGCGUGUGCUGCCGAAUUGGGGUUUGAAGUGUUUGAGAUGUACCCUGGCAUGGGCCGUCGCAGUGGGAAAGAGCUGGUAAGUGCAGUAGGCCACCUCUCGCGGAAUCACAUGGUCCAACGAGAGCAACAUCAAGAUGUUCCACCGCAAUCGCUCAUUUUGCUGGACGAAGUGGAUAUCCUUUUUGAAGACGAUGCAGGGUUCUGGCCUGCGGUGGUCGAAUUGAUUGGUGAGUCACGCCGGCCUGUCAUUUUGACAUGCACGGACGGAUCGACGCUGCCGUGGAAUGAGCUGCCUGUCCAACGUACGCUGACGUGGACGCCACCGCCGGCGCCUAUGGCCUCGAUGUACUUGCAGCUGGUCGCGUUGGCUGAAGGGUACAUUGUCUCGCAGGCUGCUAUGCAAACGCUGUACGAGCAAACAGCUCCGCGCCCCUCGUUGCCAGACCGCGGAAGUGGCCCUACCGGCCCCACAGCGCAGGUGUUUCCGUGGGACCGGCAGCAUAGCGCAGGCAUGCCAGCGUACGAUCUACGUGCGGCGCUCAUGCAAUUGCAAUGGCUGUGCCUGUACACACGCGCCCAGCAUAUGCUUACGACGACGCCCUCGACGACGGACACGUGCGAGCGUACGCCAGGGCCCUCGUACGAGGCGCGUUUCGCCGCCCUGGAUCCCACGGCCGCCGCUCUUUUGCAAGGGCUCGCCACGAUGCAGCAGCACGCCGACCAACUUUCGUACUUGGACGUGAUCGGCCCCCAUGACGAGAAUGACUCACCGAAGUACGCGGACGAGUACAUCCCGUUGCCAGGGCGAGGCCGAGCGCAUCUCGCACCUACGCCGGCCGCGCCGUCGUGUGGACCGACGUUGCCAUGGUCGACGUAUAUGCGCACAGCCUUGCCAGCGGCGUUGCAGCCUACAGGGUCGCCUGCGCUCGAACAGCCUGCGUCGCUCUUGGACCGUGAUCGUGUGUCGUACUGUCAUCACGUACAUGCCAUGCUUCACCUCUUGCACGUGCCUCUGACCGAGCAGCUGCCACGCGCCUCGGUGGCGCUGGAGUAUGCGCCGUACGUACGUGAGAUGUAUCGGAUCGAUACUGCGCGGCAAAAUGCGUGGGCCGCCCAGCUGUACGAAGCAGCCCAAGCCCAGCGCAUGACACGCAAUGCCGCACGCCUGCUCCUCGAUCCGCAGGCAAUGCGGGGGUACGAGUUCCGGGCUUGGCUACCGUUUGGGCCGAGUGAGCAAGCGGCGUACCGAGCGACGUGCUUUGCAUCGCGGUAG